AUGUAGCCAUCGGGGACCCCGUGGUCGUGACUUGUGAUGGAGUACCCAUAGUCAUGACUGCCUGGCCGACCAGUCACAAGUCCCUGCUGGCGGUUCAUGUGCUCAGAGACAGCAUGGAGCUCCACUGGCAGCGCAGCAAGGGACUGGCGGAGGUGCGCGGGCUCCCUGGACCGGCGCUACCCGCGCAGGAGGUGGCCGUGGUCUGCAGCAGUUGCCACCGUGCUCCGGCACAGGCAGCAGUCCUGCUGCACUCCCACUACUGCAACAAGAUACUGAGCGUGGGCCGCCGCCUCUCCGUGCCCAACUACGGCCAGACGCUGUGCUUCCGUGUGACGCGCGUGGUGCCGUGCGGCAGUCCGGUGGAUGUGCUGACGGAUCGUCUGGACAGAGCCUCCCUCGCGGGGGAGCCAGUGCCCGCUCCUCUGUGUAAGGUGGUCGGAGCCACCAAGUGGACCGUGCUAGACGACACGACCGGGCAGGAUGCCGCGCCGCGCCGGCGCGAGGCCUCGCUGCAGGACGUCGGCGGCUUGCAGUCGGUGAUCGCAGAAGUGAAGGAGCUCAUGGCGCUUUGCCUGGGCAGUGCAGCCGAUACCGUGACGCAGGGCGCGGUGCUGCUGCACGGCCCGGCCGGCACGGGCAAGACGCUGCUGGCGGAGGCGCUGGCCGCGCACAGCGGGGCGCCGGUGGUGCGCCCUGAGCCGUGCGGGGGAGACACGGAGGCCCGGCUGAGGGCCUGCUUCGAGGCGGCGCGCGCCCGGGCGCCCAGCGUGCUGCUGCUGGAUGAUUUGGAUGCCCUGUGCCCGGCCCCCGGCGUGCGCUGCGCCGAGCCGGAGCGCCGUGCGGCCGCCGUACUGCUGGCGCUCCUGGACGAGCUGCGCCGUGUACCUGCGCGCGUGGUGGUAGUGGCCACCACCAGCCGGCUGGAGGACGUGCAUCCGGCCGCCCGCCGCCCCGGCAGGCUGGACCGAGAGCUGGAGGUGGGCGUGCCCAGCCCCGAGGCCCGGCUCGACAUACUGGGCGUGCUGCUUCGCGGCGUGUCCCACCGGCUGGGGGCGGAGGAGCUGCGCCGGCUGGCCGCCUGCACGCACGGCUUCGUGGGCGCGGACCUGGCCUCCCUCUGCGCGCACGCUGCCAGACUCUCCCUGCGCUGCGGCCGUGCCGUCUCGGGGGACGACUUCGCGGCCGCGCUGAGGCUCGUGAGGCCCAGCGCCAUGCGCGAGGUGUUGGUGCAGGUCCCGGACGUGCGGUGGAGCGACAUCGCGGGCCAGCACGAGCUCAAGAUGAAGCUGCGGCAGGCGGUGGAGUGGCCGCUCAAGCACCCGGAGGCGUUCUCCCGCCUGGGCAUCUCCCCGCCGCGCGGCGUGCUCAUGUUCGGCCCGCCGGGCUGCUCCAAGACCAUGGUGGCCAAGGCGCUGGCGACCGAGAGCCAGCUCAACUUCCUGUCCAUCAAGGGCCCAGAGCUGUUCAGCAAGUGGGUGGGGGAGUCGGAGCGCGCGGUGCGGGAGGUGUUCCGCCGGGCGCGCGCCGCCGCCCCGGCCGUGGUGUUCUUCGACGAGCUGGACGCGCUGGGCGGGGAGCGGGGGGCGCAGGGCAGCGGCGUGCAGGAGCGCGUGCUGGCCCAGCUGCUCACGGAGCUGGACGGCGUGGAGCCCCUGGGCGACGUGGUGGUGCUGGGCGCCACCAACCGCCCGGACCGCAUCGACAAGGCACUGCUGCGGCCGGGACGGCUGGACCGGGUCAUGUACGUGCCGCUGCCCGACGCACAGACGAGGCACGACAUCCUGGCCAUGCAGCUGGCGAAGACCCGCGCGGCGAGCGACGUCAACGUGGAAGAGCUGGUCCUCAAGACGCACGGCUACUCCGGCGCCGAGGUACUGGCCGUGUGCAGCGAGGCAGCGCUCAAGGCGCUGGAGGAGGACAUGGGUGCAGCCGUGGUGCAGCGCUCACACUUCCUGACCGCGCUGACCGUCGUCACCCCUCGCACGCCCGCGUCGCUGCUGCAGCUGUACCGCGACUACCACUGACCCUCUGGCAGUUCCUCUCCUGGCUCGCGUCCUUUCGACCUUAUGUGUAGAGACCCGGAAAAUUCGCGGGUUCAUUCCGUGUUAUGCUAAAAUACAAAUAAUUAUACCUUAGUGCUGCUUCUGUCAUUGGUUCACUGUUAAUCUGGAGGACUGAGGGCCAAUUAGAGACCCUCACUCGUAGAAGUGUCGAAUCACAGGCCACCCGGUCGAGACGACUCACAAGUCAGCAGCCAAUGAACAGGUGGCAUUUGCCCGAGUGUGUGGAGGAUAUUUUCGAGUCUAUCCUGGAGGUCAUUGAACCCGCGAAUUUUCCGGGUCUCUACUUAUAUGAUAUCAAAUGAUGCUGGUGAUAUAAGUAAUAGCACUUACUGCACAUGUGUAACAGCCAAUACAAUCCCGUGUAAGAACCUGAAAUAAGAAUGCCCUCUGAUUUAUAAUAGAAACUGUCUGAACAGUAAAAUCUAAUGCAAAAAAUGCAACAAGAAAACCGUUAUGUACUCUAAUGUAUAUAUAUUUUUAUUGCAUCUAUAGUGAAAAUAAAUGUUGAUAGAAUUUUUAA